AUGAUACGAUGGCGACACCUCAGCAUUCUGAUUGCCCUGUGUUUUUGUUUGGUACGUUUAAGUUUUGUGUUUUUAGGACCACUUUUUGUGCUAUUUAGUAUCAUAAAAACAAUUUUUAAAAAGAUUUUAAUUUGAUUGUUAACAAGUUGUAUAUGAUAACUCACUACUGUAAACUUAAAAUAAAUUUCAAUUUUAACCAAAACUAUUCUUUCUAAAUUGCAUAAAUUAACGCUGCCACCCCUUUCAGCCAGUCGAAAGUAAAAAUCGAAUUCGCCGCGGUCCUGCCGUCUGGGGCGCCCCAGUGCCAGAUUACUCACGAGCCUAUUUGGAUGGCCAAGUCUUUCAUAUUUACGGAGUUUUGUUUGUAGAUGCCAGAAUAGUAAGUACUUGUCUUUACAGUGUAAAGCGAUAAAUACAGCAAAUACUAUCUUGUUCUGAAAAAUAAUGUCAGGUCAGGCUGAUGUAUAUAUAUUAUAUAUUAAGCAUUAGCCAUUUUAGAGUGAACAUUAUAAGAAUGACACUCUACGGGUUCAACAUGAGGUUAUGCACAUGGUGCGAGAAGGCAAUAAAGUGAGAACUUUACGUUUUAUACCCAGUAAACUGAGUUUCAAAGCAUCAGCAAGUCUUUUCAUUGCCUUGCCCAGAUUAAGAUACCGUAAAUUUACAUUUACAGUACUUUGCUCAAUUGGAUAUUCGUCUAGUAAUAGUAGACGUCCUGCCAACUUACCGUAACGAUCUUUCAUUGUAUUCGUUCGAAGAAUACCGUCAGUCCAAAUUGCAAACACUGCCAUACCACGACUUUGCUGGUCUAGUCUCUUAUCGUUAUGCUGGUGGCCUUGCUUUCGUCAACGGAAUGUGUUCUUCAAAGAGCGUUUUGUUAUCUGGGGUAAGUUGAGUUAACAUGCAAGGUUUAUACCUAUCAAAUAACUUUUCAGCCUGUAUACUCUUACUGUAAUUUUAACUUUAAUGUGCUUUUCAUUUCACAUUACAGUGUUAUAAUAACUGUCCUUUCAGUUUUAUCCCCACAGCCCUGAGGCGAUGGGGUCGAUCUUCUUCCACGAGGUAUCUCACCUCCUGGGCGUGUCUCACGCUGACUCUGGGAAGCCUAUCAACGUUCCCAACUGCCCUUGUGAGCAAUCAAAAGGUCACUCACAUCAAGACCAUCAGAAUCCAGAGUCUGUAGCCCACUCCUUAGUCCCGGAACAUGGAGCUGGAUGUCUGCGUAUUCCGUAAGUCUUUAAAAACUGCUUUAAAUUGCAAACUUUUCUAGUUUUUUACAGCUUAAUGUUGAUUGUUUUUAUAUAGCUUAAAGUUUAGUGUUAUUUAUGAUUGAAAUUACAGAGGAUUCGACCACAACUGCACAGCACAACUUCUUGCCAACAUAUUAUACAGAAACCGGUGUUUGUCACGUUAUCCCCGUUCCUACAGCCAAAACAAAGCCGAAGGCUACCCAAUUCGCUCACAAUCAGAUCCAGAAGUUCUCAAAAUAUGUGGUAAUGGGGUGGUGGAAGCCAGCGAGGAGUGUGAUUGUGGUUUAAAAGCCAAAUGUUCGGAACUCAACUGCAACCCACUCUUCUGCACCAGAAUCAUACCAUUGUGGAAGAUCGUAAGUCAAGUUUUAUGGGCUUUCACCGCUUAUCCACACCUGUUUACACAUCUCAAUUUUGAUUUAUUUUACGGCCAUUAGCGAUCGCGGGGGUCUUGACACGAAAACAUUUCCAAACAAACAUAAAAUACGAAAAAAAUCUGACAAAAAUCACGUUCGGUCCGUUUGGAAAUUGAGGCGGCAGAGAAACAGAAUGCCAAAUGAUUUAGCGCUUAUUUGUUUUCGUGAUAGGAUAUUUCACAGGGUUGUGUGUAUAGGAAAAUUUAUAAAUUUUUAAAAUUGAUUGAUUAUGGCCAUUGCACUGUAUUGAAAAUUCUUGGAAAAAAUUAUUUUUAUGUUUUUUUAAAAAUAUUUUUUCUUAUUAAAUUAUUUUUAUAGUUUUCUGAAAAAAUAUUUCCCUGCCUUUUUUAGCCCAAAACAAGCCUUACCCGCCUUUUCUAGCCCAACACAAGCCUAACUCGCCUUUUUUAGCCCAAAAGAAGGCAAACCCGCUUUUUUCAACCUGCCCCUGCCCCUGCCCCUGCUCCUGCCCUUGCGCCUGCUCUUACCUAGACCGCGUUAUGUCCGACCAAAAUCUCUGACCGGCCCAUUGGCCAAAAACUGAGCCGCUGAAGGUUAUGUUAAAUCUGGCUUGGGAGCUAGGUCUACAUUCCCCCCUCUGCUUCUGUCCUUACUCCUACCCUAACUUCUACUCUUAUAUUUUCUUCCACCGGUGCCCUGAUUUUGACCUAUACCCCUACCUCUUUUCCUGCUCUUACUCCUAUCUCUACCUUUACUCCUACCCUUUCCUGAGCCUAGCUAUACUCUGGUAAGGCUAAAAAAGCGGAGGUAAGUUGGGUAGGGCUAAAAUGACUUUAGUUUUGGAUUUACGUUAGAGGUGAUCUGUUCUGUAAGGUAAGCCACUUUUUAUGUUAACCUAUUCCUGGAAGAGAAUCCAGAGGUGGCCGAUUCCCGAGGGACGAAGUUCAAUAACGUGUUCAGUGAAAUACAGUGGUUUUUCUAUAGUGAACAAUCUGUAUAAGCAACUCGCUUUACAGUAAACAAAAAAUUUGGCCUCAUCAAGUUAAUUUACACAAAAACCGCUCUAUAAAGCUAACACCUUCUAUAGUAAACACAAAAUGUUAGUCUCUUCGGGUUUCUUAUAUAGAGAUAGUAAUGUAUUUUUAGUUAUAGUUUCUUUAUAAAUAUUCUGGUACAUGAAAAAAGUUGAUUCCGUUUGUGAUCAGAUAUUCAAACUUCAUUGUGUUUUAUACAAAAUGUCCCAGCUGUGUAAUCUGCGAUAUUACGUGGUUUACUUCAUAAUUUACGCGCCUGAAUAAUACAGAGAAAUAUUGGAUUUCUACUACCAAUUGUAAUAUUUUGAAUUUUAAUAUUGUCAAAAUAUACUCGUGUUUUGCGAAAAAAAAUUAAAUAUUUAGUCAUUUAAAAAAUUUACAGUACUUUAAGUGUUUUUUUCAGUGCAAAAAAGUUGCUCCGAAGGAUGCUGGAAACACCAAGCCGCUGCUUCUUUUCAUUUUUAUACCAAUUAUUACUGAUAACUUGUACUUUAGAUUUGCAAGACAGAUUUUUAGAUUUUGCCUUUUAAAAAAAGUUACAGUACUUUAAGUGCUUUUUUCAGUGCAAAAAAAACUGCUCCGGAGGUUCCUAGAACAACCAAGCGGUCACUCAGCCUCAGAUUUUAUAGGGACAGUUACUUAGUAGUUUACUUUUAUUCUGCAAGACAAAUUUUUAAAUUUUGACUUUUAAAAAAAAGUUACAGUAUUUUAACGUUUUUUACGGUACUUCACAUAGCACUUUAAUAGAUACCAAAUUAACCAUGCAAGGUAUUAACUUAAUAUUUUGUAUAAACGUUGUUUCUAUAACAUACAUAAACUUAGUAAAACAUUUUAUUGUAUUGUUUCUUAAAAAAAUUGUUACAGUAUUUUAAAGUUUUUGAUACGGUGCAAAUUUAGUUACUUCAAUGAGUGUUGGCCGAAAUAAGUAAAGUAUAAAUUUUAGUUUUUAAGUGACUUUUUUUACUAUAAAUUACUUUAAUUUUGUAAUACGGUUUUGUUUUUUGUUGUACUUUGUAGAAAGUUACAGUAAUUUAAUAAUUUUUCGUGCAACAAACAUCGUAUAAGAUGUCUUACGCAAAAACGCGCAGGUCGCAAGGUUAGGACGCAGCUCCCUGCCGUUUUAAAAAUCCUUCUCUUUAGUAGCGGACCGAACGUGAAAAAAUGAGUAAAAAACGAAAAAUAUUUUCUACGGUUUUAUCGCUUUGUUGAACUCUUAUAGCGCGUGUUUAUCGACUAUUAGAAUCACUUCUCUGGGAAAGCGCCUUGUUUCUAGCUUAAUAUGAUAUAUAAUAUGAAUAAUAUGACCAAUAUCAAUAUGAAACUUGUUGAUUUCAGUAUCUGAUCGGAUUCGGAACUUUGCUCCUGGCGAGUUCAAUCCUCACACUUUAUGUUCGGAUCAAGUACCAGACAGAGUUUGGUGUGAGUAAAGGCACCAUGGCACCACUAGCGAAAGCGACCAAAUCCGGUGGAAUCGGUCGAGUGAUCGGGUCCAUUUUAUGUAAAGUUAACGUAUUCAAGUGUAUAUUUUGUGUGGACGGGAAGAAGGAGCCUCAGAAGCCGUACAUCAAGUCCAAAAAGGUCAGUUUUGGACAUGAUUUACUUUCUUAAAAGAUUAUAUUCAUCUUUCUUUUGUUUUUAUUAAUCUAAAAGAGUAAUUUUCAAUCUCAAUAUAAUUCUUUUAAGUUUUGUGUUAAUUAUAUUGUUUUAGUUGGAUCCAUCUUCAAUAAUCGUCAUAAGAAACCCGGAGAGCCUCAAGUCUACAACCCCUAUCGUGACGACGACGAGGAUUCAGGAGAAGAAGAUCCAACGACCUCGAUGUCCACCUCCAAGCUGUCCACUAACCAACAACAACAAAGUCUCGUCCAGGCCCAGAAUCACACCUCCUCGGCCGCCUCCACCAACAGACUGUAAGUUUAGUCGAAUGUCUAUUUUGUACUCAUAGUAAUGUAUCAUUUUCUAAAUUUUUAACCUGAAUUUAAAAGAAUAUAUUAACACGAUAAGCAAGUAGGUCCAUUAACAUUUUUGACAUUAAUCACGUUCAAACACUCGUCUCCGCUUAACAGAUUUCAAUCAUUUAUCUUCAGCUAGAAGGACGAGAGCGUACGAUCACAACAUAACUUACAAGUUCGCGGACUUUGACGACUGA